UGUGAGGGCGGGAAUCUGCGGCGCUGUGUAAACACUACGGGAGGAGGGGGGUAUUUGAGACUGAUUUUGUGGUAUUUUUCGACCGAAAAGUGCUAAUCUUUUUUGCUCACGGCAUUCUUUGGAAUGUGUAGAUUGUGGAACAAGUGCUGAAAUAUGCUUAUCUAUUGUAAUUUGGCUACGUUAGCCUUAGACAUGUUGCACUGUUGACGCUGAUGAAGAAUAGGCGGCACCAAAGUUAAAACUGAAGCAAUAUACAAAUGGCUUCUUCAGAGAAUGGGACGAGUUCUUCAGCCAAUGGCCCAAAUAUGCUUAUAGACAACUUGGAAGCAGCUUUCCAGAAUUGCUUCAGCAUCCUCAUCAAGGAGGAUAACUUCAAUACCCAGGACCGGGAGGACAUCCGCUCGCACGCGGAGGCGUCCGUGCUGCAGUUCAUGGACUGCGCUCGCCAGGUGGACCAGAGUUUCCUGCAGAAGAGGCUGCUGCUCUCGGCUCACCGGCCUGACUGGAUCAUCAAGGAGGACACGUUGGACCUGAAGGCCGAGCUGGCACGGAAGGACGAGCUCAUCAAGAAGACCCAGGAUAAGAUCGCCUUCUGGAAGAGCACUCUGGCAGAGGUGCAGCACCCGCGCGGGCCGGCCGACCUGCCCCCGCAGCUGCAGGACGGCCAGCGUGUGCCGACGCCGGGCUCUGCGGGCCUACCGCCGGGACUGCAGCAGUACCGUCCAAUGGGACCGGGCGGCUACAUGGCGCGCGGCCCGGCGCCGCCGUUCCCCGGCCACCAGGGCGGCCCUCUGCACGGACACCUCGCCUACCUGGAGAAGACCACCUCCAACAUCGCCUAGUGGCCGCCGAGGGCAGGGACCGCUGCGAGGCGGGGGGAGAGAGUGAUAUGAACUGUACUGGGCCAGGCCCUGUAUUGGGUCGACGUCCAAACACCAUGGACUCCGGAUACUUGAAUGUGGCUGAGGGCGGCAGGACUGACAUGAUCUCACCGUCUGCCUGCCCAUACAGUUCACAGCCAACACGCUAUCGCACUGUGGUGAAGCUUACAGUGACUAAGCCCAAAGUCGAACCGGGGUCCCCGCUGACGGGCCGUGACUGUCGGCCCGUCGACAGUGUGAUCUGUGAUUUCACUUGUGCGCAUGUGAGACUGCAAUGCAGUGAGUUGCAGUGUUCUGAGCUACAUUCCACCGGCUUCAUCACCAGUCAGAAGACAUGGACACUGGACAGCUCUUCUGUCUGCCGUGGCAGUGUUCCCCGUCAGCCUUCCAGCAUUGGAGGUGGCACGGAGUGGGCGGAGACGCUCGACUGACAGGACAUGACGAUCCGCCCACACCGCCUGGCAGCUGUACCGUCCGGCAGCCAGGUGACGCCUGGACGACCGAGCGGCGGUGUCGCCACCAAUAAUGUCCCAUCAGUGCAGUGAUUACUGAAGGUCGUCGCUGACAAUUUCUUCGGUAGGAGCGCCCGGACCACGCCGGCCCGCUCGCGCUGGUGGCCGGGCCCCGGCGCCAGGUGUGUGGCGAGAGGCGUGCGCUGCUCAUACGGUAUAUUUCAGGGACGUGUCACAAGGAUGGGCCACUGUCUACAUACCACACAGAGAUAGAGACGCUAGCUACCGGCGACGGCUGCGCCAAAUACAGGUCACCGACGCCGUG